AUGCCCGACCAUCCCAUCACAACAGAGGAGUUUCGCAGCUUCAUGGACGUCGAGCGCGGCACCACGAUCCCAGCCAAGGGUUUCUACUGGCUCGUCCACUCGGCCGAGCGCGCCGCCAUGGUCCAGUACCACAUGAUCAACUGGUCCAUCAACGUGCUGCUGAUUGUCCAAGCGGCUCUUUCGGCCGUCUUUGUGGCUCUGGGCGCAGCGGGGAACCAAUACCAGAACGCAGUUGCGGUUCUUGGAGCGGUCAACGGGGUCAUCACCGGUGUGCUGGCGAUUAUCAAGGGUCAGGGGUUGCCGGCGAGGCUUUACCAGCAUGCCAGUGGGUUGAGGGACGUUCUUCGCGAGAUCGGCAGGCUGGAACGAAUAGUCGCUUCCGGAGGCACGGUGACGAGAGAGAACUGUGAGAGUCUCUAUGCCAUGUAUGAUCGAGUGCAGAAGGAAUACGAUGCGAAUUAUCCCGACAUCUUCAGAGUUAACACGCCCUCAUCAACUUCAACAACGCCGCCACGGCCAGAACCGGUGGUAGCAGAACAUGGAGAUGAGCAGCAUGCUGAUGGAGGAGCUGCCGGGCCUGGUGCUCCUGGACCAGGAGAGGCAGCGGUCGCUCAUAAUUGA